AUGACAUGGUCUAUCGGAGCGACAAGUGACCUUUCCGACACUGACGCAUCAGAGACAAACUGGCCUGCCAACGAGACAGUGAGACAGAACACCAGCACAAGAGCAUCAAAGCUGAUGGGAAGUGCACAGGAGCCUGUCGAGCAAGACCACGCCAGCCAGACGCCCAAGCGACCAGGAUCGCUGCGGAGCCGAUCGGCGAAGACCUCGCCGGGUGCUUCUCCUACAGGCCUUUUCGUGGCCUCGGACAUCAUUGCCCGUUUGCCCGAAAGGCACAAACCGGACCUCCAGGUGCAAAUGCACCGCCAAGCAGACGAAUCUGCGGAAAUGCUGGCGCUGUCACGAUGUUUGCUGUCGGACGAUGGGCCGCCAGAGGUUUGGUCCGGGACGACCUGGAUAAGCAUUGUCCGAAAGGAGCUUGCGGAGCUGGAUGACCGUUUGUCACGGCAGCUGCAGCGCAUCCAAAGCCAGAGCGAUCGCGUAAUGGAGGUCGUGCUGACCUCCCUUGAGGAAAAGGUGGCACAGGUCAUCUCCAAUCAGCCCAUGAUGGAGUGGCGUUUGGCCGAACUCGGCGCAAGCGUCAAAGGCCUGCAGGAGCAGCUGGAAACCCAGGCGUGUCGGACAGAUGCUACAGAGGCACGGUUGCAGAGGUGGAAAACAACUAUGGAGUCGGAGAUGCAGAACUUGAACCUCACCGUGGGAGCUCGAGCUCCCGUCCAGGUGCAGGCCGAACGGGUUCCACAGAGUGGCUUGGAUGCCGAAGCUUGUCGUGCUGCCGUGGUGGCGGAACUGCGAGGGAGCACAGGUGGCCCCAAGGCUGGCACGCAGUCAGGCUCGGCGGGGCUCGACCUCGAGGACAUUGCCGCCGCGGCUACGCGCGUCUUCGGAGCAGAAACUGCAAUCGUGAAGGAUCAGAUCGCGGCGCUACAGGAGGUUCAGGACACCCUGAGGUGUGAAGUCGCUCGACUGGUCGACCGACCGGGGAUGCAGGUCAAUGCAAUCAGCGCCCCUUUCGUGACUGACCGGGUGGAGAUGGCGGAAGCGGCCCAAGCAUCAAGCCAGCGACAUCGGGAAGAGCUGGAGGCAUCAGUUGCGGACGUCGACGCUUCAAAACUUGAGGCAGGGCCUGCAGAACACGGCGGGAAGGAAGCCCCGCGGCUGCCUGCCCCCACCCUAAAGGCGUCAGCUUCAGAGGAGGCACUCGCUCGACUGGAGCGGGUCCAGGCCCGCGUGGAGCAGCUCGAAGCUUCCGUGGAAGGCUUUCCGAAAGCAAUACCAACGCUGGAAUUCCAGCAUUUGCAGGCCGAGGUUUGCAGCUCAAAGGGGCGGAUCGACAGCAUAGAAACGGCAGCUUCCUCAAGUUUGGCGCGGGUGCAAGAGCUCGUAGCUGCAAUGGAUGGCCUCAAGAACAAGAUAGAGGACUUGAGAACGGCCACCACCGAUCCUGCUGUUGACAUGGUGGACAUUCGAACAUCGAUGCUGCGUCUUAAGACACGGGUGGACCACUUUGAGUCUCAGCUUCAGCCCGCCAAAGUGCGAGCAGCCAUCACUCGUGUUGACCGUUUGGACGCUGCUACCGCUGCUUGCCAAGCUCAACUGCAGGAGCUGUCAAGUUCACUCGAAGGUGCCAAGGAAGGCAUGCAAGGGUUGAGAACAGCAGAAGAGACGCUGGUCGGACUUGGAAGCGAAGUGCAAGCCUUGCGAGAUCAAGCGGAAACAACAGAGGCUGCAGCGGCCCACUCGGAGUCCCGCUUGGAGCUGCAGCUUGAAGCCGCCUUGGACAAAAUGAAAGAGUCCCUACAGCAGCACGUGACGACGGAGUUCGCCGAAGACUGCCGAGCGGCAUUCCAAAGCAUUGGCCAACACACGGAUGAAGUGCAAGCUAUCAAGUCGCGGCUCGGAAGUUUGCAGAGCGAGAUGGAGUCCAACAGGCUGCGCGUCGAGCACGUGGAAGGUGCAAGCGCAGCAGGUCAUGCGCGGCUGCAGGAGCUUGCAGCAUCGAUUGGCGGCAUUCAAGAGUCUGUGAAGCAGCUGGACGGUGUCGUGGCACCACUAGAUGCGACGCUGCCGGAGACAGUUGAGGCCCUGAGGAAGCAGAUCGACAAGGUGGAGUCGAUGGAAGCGAACAGGCUGAAUGACAUCGACGGUCGCGUCGAGCAAGUGGAAGGUGCAAGCGCAUCAGGUCGUGCGCAGCUGCAGGAGCUUGCAGCAUCGAUUGGCGGCAUUCAAGAGUCUGUGAAGCAGCUGGAGGGUGUCGUGGCGCCACUAGAUGCGACGCUGCCGGAGACAGUUGAGGCCUUGAGGAAGCAGAUCGACAAGGUGGAGUCGAUGGAAGCCAACAGGCUGAAUGACAUCGACGGUCGCGUGGAGCAAGUGGAAGUUGCAAGCGCAUCAGGUCGUGCGCAGCUGCAGGAGCUUGCAGCAUCGAUUGGCGGCAUUCAAGAGUCUGUGAAGCAGCUGGAGGGUGUCGUGGCGCCACUAGAUGCGACGCUGCCGGAGACAGUUGAGGCCCUGAGGAAGCAGAUCGACAAGGUGGAGUCGAUGGAAGCGAACAGGCUGAAUGACAUCGACGGUCGCGUCGAGCAAGUGGAAGGUGCAAGCGCAUCAGGUCGUGCGCAGCUGCAGGAGCUUGCAGCAUCGAUUGGCGGCAUUCAAGAGUCUGUGAAGCAGCUGGAGGGUGUCGUGGCGCCACUAGAUGCGACGCUGCCGGAGACAGUUGAGGCCUUGAGGAAGCAGAUCGACAAGGUGGAGUCGAUGGAAGCCAACAGGCUGAAUGACAUCGACGGUCGCGUGGAGCAAGUGGAAGGUGCAAGCGCAUCAGGUCGUGCGCAGCUGCAGGAGCUUGCAGCAUCGAUUGGCGGCAUUCAAGAGUCUGUGAAGCAGCUGGAGGGUGUCGUGGCGCCACUAGAUGCGACGCUGCCGGAGACAGUUGAGGCCUUGAGGAAGCAGAUCGACAAGGUGGAGUCGAUGGAAGCCAACAGGCUGAAUGACAUCGACGGUCGCGUGGAGCAAGUGGAAGUUGCAAGCGGAGCAGGUCGUGCACAGCUGCAGGAGCUUGCAGCAUCGAUUGGCGGCAUUCAAGAGUCUGUGAAGCAGCUGGAGGGUGUCGUGGCACCACUAGAUGCGACGCUGCCGGAGACAGUUGAGGCCCUGAGGAAGCAGAUCGACAAGGUGGAGUCGAUGGAAGCCAGCAGGCUGAAUGAAAUCGACGGUCGCAUCGAGCACGUGGAAGUUGCAAGCGCAGCAGGUCGUGCGCAGCAGCAGGAGCUUGCAGCAUCGAUUGGGGGCAUUCAAGAGUCCGUGAAGCAGCUGGAGGGAGUCGUGGCGCCACUAGAUGCGACGCUGCCGGAGACAGUUGAGGCCCUGAGGAAGCAGAUCGACAAGGUGGAGUCGAUGGAAGCCAGCAGGCUGAAUGAAAUCGACGGUCGCAUCGAGCACGUGGAAGUUGCAAGCGCAGCAGGUCGUGCGCAGCAGCAGGAGCUUGCAGCAUCGAUUGGGGGCAUUCAAGAGUCCGUGAAGCAGCUGGAGGGAGUCGUGGCGCCACUAGAUGCGACGCUGCCGGAGACAGUUGAGGCCCUGAGGAAGCAGAUCGACAAGGUGGAGUCGAUGGAAGCCAACAGGCUGAAUGACAUCAACGGUCGCGUCGAGCACGUGGAAGGUGCAAGCGCAGCAGGUCGUGCGCAGCUGCAGGAGCUUGCAUCAUCGAUUGGCGGCAUUCAAGAGUCUGUGAAGCAGCUGGAGGGUGUCGUGGCGCCACUAGAUGCGACGCUGCCGGAGACAGUUGAGGCCAUGAAGAAGCAGAUCGUCAAUCUCCAGAACGAUGUCGAGGCCACCAGUCAUGAUGACGCCAGUGGCCGUGUGGGGCAUUUGGAGGCUGCAAGCGCCGCUGGCUGUACGCAGAUGCAAGAACUUGCAUCUUCGAUCGAUGGCAUCAAUGAGUCAGUAAGGCAGUUGCGGCAGCGUGUGGCAGAGUCAGAAGGGGAAAUUCCGGCUGCGGUUGAGGCAAUAAGGAGGCAGAUAGACAAUUUGCAACUGGCGAUGGAGGCCAACAGCCUGAAUGAUGUCAGUGGUGCGGAUGAGGCUACAAGCUCUGGGCAUAUGCAAGAGCUGCUUGCAGCUUCGAUCGACGGCAUCCGUGAGUCUGUCAGGCAGCUCCAAUCCGCCACAGCUGAGCCAGAAGCCGUAGCUCUUGAGGCCAUGAGAAAGCGGAUAGAUGACUUGCAGGCGGAGGUGGAGGCCAGCAAAAGCAGCGACUUCAGUGAUCGUUUGGAGAUGGUGGAGGCUGCAAGUGCAGCAGGCCAAGUGCAGGCGCAAGAGCUUACAGCAUCGAUUGAAACCAUCGACAGAUCACUGCAGCAGCUGCGACGCAGCAUGGCGGAGCCAGACGCAGAGCUAACUGGUCGGGUUGAGGCAGGUGGGGCCGUGAAGAAGCAGAUGGAUAAUCAACUGCUGGAGAUGGAGGCCAACAGGCUGAAAGAUGUCAACGGCAGCGUUCAGCAGCAAGAGCUUGCAGCAACGGUCGAUGGCAUCCAAGAGUCCAUCAAGCAGCUGCGAUCUGAUGUGGGCUCUCCAGACACGGAGCUCUCGGCGACGGUUGAAGCCAUCCGGAAGCAGAUUGAUAUCGUGGAGUCGGUGGAAGCCAGCAGGCUAAAUGACAUCAGCGGCCGCGUCGAGUACGUGGAGGCUGCAAGCGCAGCAGGUCGUGCGCAGCUGGAGGAGCUCGCAGCAUCGAUUGGUGGCAUUCAAGAGUCUGUAAAGCAGCUGGAAGGUGUCGUGGUGCCGCUAGAUGCGACGCUGCCGGAGACAGUUGAGGCCAUGAAGAAGCAGAUCGUCAAUCUCCAGAACGAUGUCGAGGCCAACAGGAAUGAUGACGCCAGUGGCCGUGUGGGGCACUUGGAGGCUGCAAGCGCAGCUGGCCGUACGCAGAUGCAAGAACUUGCAUCUUCGAUCGAUGGCAUCAAUGAGUCAGUAAGGCAGUUGCGGCAGCGUGUGGCAGAGUCAGAAGGGGAAAUUCCGGCUGCGGUUGAGGCAAUAAGGAGGCAGAUAGACAAUUUGCAACUGGCGAUGGAGGCCAACAGCCUGAAUGAUGUCAGUGGUGCGGAUGAGGCUACAAGCUCUGGGCAUAUGCAAGAGCUGCUUGCAGCUUCGAUCGACGGCAUCCGUGAGUCUGUCAGGCAGCUCCAAUCCGCCACAGCUGAGCCAGAAGCCGUUGCUCUUGAGGCCAUGAGAAAGCGGAUAGAUGACUUGCAGGCGGAGGUGGAGGCCAGCAAAAGCACCCACUUCAGUGAUCGUUUGGAGAUGGUGGAGGCUGCAAGUGCAGCAGGCCAAGUGCAGGCGCAAGAGCUUACAGCAUCGAUUGAAACCAUCGACAGAUCACUGCAGCAGCUGCGACGCAGCAUGGCGGAGCCAGACGCAGAGCUAACUGGUCGGGUUGAGGCCGUGAAGAAGCAGAUGGAUAAUCUGCUGCUGGAGAUGGAGGCCAACAGGCUGAAAGAUGUCAACGGCAGCGUUCAGCUGCAAGAGCUUGCAGGAGCGGUCCAUGGCAUCCAAGAGUCCGUAAAGCAGCUGCGAUCUGAUGUGGACACUCCAGACACAGAGCUCUCGGCGACGGUUGAAGCCAUCCGGAAGCAGAUUGAUAUCGUGGAGUCGAUGGAAGCCAGCAGGCUAAAUGACAUCAGCGGCCGCGUCGAGUACGUGGAGGCUGCAAGCGCAGCAGGUCGUGCGCAGCUGGAGGAGCUUGCUGCAUCGAUUGGUGGCAUUCAAGAGUCUGUAAAGCAGCUGGAAGGUGUCGUGGUGCCGCUAGAUGCGACGCUGCCGGAGACAGUUGAGGCCAUGAAGAAGCAGAUCGUCAAUCUCCAGAACGAUGUCGAGGCCAACAGGCAUGAUGACGCCAGUGGCCGUGUGGGGCACUUGGAGGCUGCAAGCGCAGCUGGCCGUACGCAGAUGCAAGAACUUGCAUCUUCGAUCGAUGGCAUCAAUGAGUCAGUAAGGCAGUUGCAGCAGCGUGUGGCAGAGUCAGAAGGGGAAAUUCCGGCUGCGGUUGAGGCAAUAAGGAGGCAGAUAGACAAUUUGCAACUGGCGAUGGAGGCCAACAGCCUGAAUGAUGUCAGUGGUGCGGAUGAGGCUACAAGCUCUGGACACAUGCAAGAGCUGCUUGCAGCUUCGAUCGACGGCAUCCGUGAGUCUGUCAGGCAGCUCCAAUCCGCCACAGCUGAGCCAGAAGCGGUUGCUCUUGAGGCCAUGAGAAAGCGGAUAGAUGACUUGCAGGCGGAGGUGGAGGCCAGCAAAAGCACCCACUUCAGUGAUCGUUUGGAGAUGGUGGAGGCUGCAAGUGCAGCAGGCCAAGUGCAGGCGCAAGAGCUUACAGCAUCGAUUGAAACCAUCGACAGAUCACUGCAGCAGCUGCGACACAGCAUGGCGGAGCCAGACACAGAGCUAACUGGUCGGGUUGAGGCCGUGAAGAAGCAGAUGGACAAUCUGCUGAUGGAGGUGGAGGCCAACAGGCUGAAAGAUGUCAACGGCAGCAUUCAGCUGCAAGAGCUUGCAGCAACGGUCGAUGGCAUCCAAGAGUCCGUAAAGCAGCUGCGAUCUGUUGUGGGGGUCCUCGGAGAGCUCCCGGAAGCAAGUGCUCCUGGAGCUCAGGAGAAUGCGCCUCUGCAGUCGUCUUCUCCGUGCCCAAACCUUUCUGCUGCUUUGCACGAGAUUUCUGCCCGAGUUGAUCACGUGGAGACUGCAGCAUUGGCACGGCAAGAUCGACUGGAGCAGCUGACAGGUGACAUGGAGAGCAUUGCAGCAGAGGUGCAGCAGCUGGAAGCAAUUACCGGCAAGCCCGGAAGCUCUGACGACAGGUGUGGUUCCCAUGAGGCAUCUGCACAGCCGUUGACGACGACUGUCGCGGAUAUCGUGUCGCGUGUGGAUCAAGUUGAGCACGAGACUUCAACGAGGCGCAUGCGAAUGCAAGAGAUCUAUAGCUGCGUGCAAGAGCUUCAGGCUCAAAUCGAGAAGCUUGAAGCUAAUAUCAUGCAGCCUGCGUGGAGGCCACAAACAUCCUUUUCUGAGGUGGACUCUCUGCUGCUUUCGCCGUCCGUGGCACCUACAGUUGCUGCAGAGACAGUGCAUGACUUGCAGACGCAGGUCGGCGAGCUUGAAGUGGCGAGCUCUUUCCGGCAUCAGAGAGUGCAUGACCUCACUGCUGCCAUGGAUGAACUGCGCACACAGCUGCAGGAGGUUUGCGAGAAGGCUUCGGCUGUGGAGCAAGAAGGACGGAAGCUGACCUCGGAAGUAGAGACCGUCAGACUCUGCGUGGACAGACUGGAGCGUCAAAGCCAGCAGGCCACAAGCAGCCAGAGCAUCGAGGCUCGGCCACUAGUGCUGGACGCUGCUGCCAAAUCCUGGAUGGAUCGUCAGGUCGCCCAGGUGCUAGACAGAGCCGCAGAUAAUUUCGUCGCUCUGCUGGAGACGACGAAUCGCCGCCUGGACGCUGCCAUCACCAAGCAAGAGAGCGUAAACGAGGAGCUUCAGCACAGCACAUCGAAAGGUCCAGCAAAUGCUGAUGUGGUGCAGCUUCUCCACAGCCUGAGGCAAGAGCAUCGCCUUGAAGCAGCUGCGCUCUGGGACGGCUUGGCAGACCUUGCAGACCACCUCGGUGCAGAUGCCGGACGCUUCUUGCAGGCCGAGGACCAACUGCCCAAGAAGGGUGUUGUGCCAGGCCUCGUAGCAAACAGCGAGGAGGCGGCUGCAGAUGUGGGCUUCAACGCCCACGAUCCCACAGCACCCGUACCAUCCGCCAGGGCUCCGCCGCAGGCUGCGUUCGAGGACGAGUUGGACAGCGCCGCGACGACCUGGCUCUACAGGGAAAACCCAAUACCAAGAGUCGCAUCCAUACCGCCCCGGCAGGUCGUAUCAUCUCUCUGCUGGUGCAUGCUAGUGCUUUGGAUCUUUUUGGCUUGGCUGCCUGCAAACGGACAGGAUUCAUGCACUGAACCCGAACCUGCACCGUCGUCUCUCCAGCUUCUUCAGCAGAACUUGAUUCUGGGACGAGGCUCGGUGAACAGCAUCCUGGCUGACUCGCAGUCUCCGACGUCUCUGGCUGGUCUCAAGAAGCUCUUAGAUGGGUGCUCUGGAUGGGAUUGCUUGAAACAGUACGUGGAUCGGCCAGAUGCAGCUUAUAGCUGGAGGGAUAGCCACAUCAGGCUGCAAGGCUCUGUGGGCGGUGCGGAAUGGACUGCAGCACUUCUGCAGAUGACCAGCCAGACAUGGUUGCCAGAUGAAGUAUCGCCAAGCUCUUGGAAUCAUUCAUUAGUCGUCAUCUCGCCCAAAAAUGUCUCGCAGACUGGCUGGUGUUUUCUCUACGUUGCCAUGGGUUUCUAUGGCUCUUCUGGGGCGAACAAGGCCGUUGAUGCCUCAAAUCCCGAUGUUCAAGCUGCUGCGGAGAUUGCAGUGUCGGUGGGGAUCCCGGCAGCCGUGUUGUUUAACGUGCCUGCAGAGCUACUAACCUUUAAGAGUUCUGCAUCUCAAGGCCCUUUAGUAGAGGACGGGAUGCUUUCCCACUCUUGGGCACUCUUUGGCCGUCAGCCCUUCGGACUUGGACCCUGGCGUCCAGAUCCUCGUCUGCUGCUGGAGCUGCCCAUGACGAAGGCUGUCGUGCGCGCGAUGGACGCGAUAGGUGACUUCGCAGAUUACGGAUCUGUUCCUGGCAUCUCUGGCAAGCUGAAGUUUGCCGUGCUGGGAACCAGCAAGCGAGGGCACCUGUGCUGGCAUGCUGCAUCUGUGGAUGCUCGUGUCAAAGCAAUUGUCCCGAUCGCCAAGGCUUUGAACAUGCAAGGGUUUCUCAACCUCUCGCAGAGUGAAUUGGGUGGACUGCCCCAAGCCGCCAAAGAUUAUGCCCAAGCGGGAGUGUUGGAACACCUUGAGGACACUCCGCAGGGGCGCUGGUUCAUCAACAUCACGGAUGCCUAUGCUUACAGGGAGCGGUUUGCCGGGUUGCCUAAGCUGGUAAUCAACGCCGCGAACGACGAGUUCUUCGUCCCGGACCACACGCGGGUAUGGUGGCCGGCACUUCCAGAUCCGAAGUGGCACCUCAUGAUCCCGAACAGUGGGCACAUCGGUGGCGGCCAGCAGGUUCGAAGGCUGGCGGAACCUAUCUCCGCAUUUCUCUCUGGCCUCGUGCACAGCGAGGACUCGAAGGACGCUUCCAAAGUCCCUCAGCUCUCGUGGAACAUUCAGCAGACGGGAGCCCUCACGGCCAAGCUUGAAAAAACAAGCCCUGCACCAUCGGAAGUUGUCUUUUGGCAGGCCACAACCUGCGACUCGCAAAGGCGAGAUUUCCGAUUGCACAAUGCGGACCGUGGCGAAACCUGCCGUAAAUGCGGUUACGAAGGAUCGUAUGGCUGCGUGAACGAAGCUGUGACUUGGAACAGUUCUACGCUGCAGGAGACAGAGCACCGCAGCUUUGUAUGGGAAGCGAGUGUGUCCGCACCUGCCGACGGCCGCUGGACAGCCUUUUUCCUGACUUUCCAUUGGCCGACCGGGUUGAGGCUUUCGACAGAGGUGUCUGUUGUUCCUGUAACAUUUCCCUUUCCAAACUGUCCGCAAAGCUGUGCACAUACAGUUUGA